AUGACGCUCGUCGACGCUCUGAUGGACCCAUCUCGCCCCGUGUUCCUGUUCGGAACGACGCCGCCGCUCGACGGAUCGAGUGCGGACGCGGAAAGGGAGGCGGCAGAGAACUUUGCGAAUAAAGCGCGCGGCUUGGCGGCGGACGGGUACAUCGUGUACGACAUUCAGGAGGAAAAGGGUCGAACGGAGGACGCGAGACCGUUUCCGUUUCGAAAGCUUGCUGACCCGGGUUCGUUCGCGAAGGCGCUGAAGAGGGCGACGAACGGCGGAGAGAGCGUGGUGUACAAGUGCGUGGCAGAGACGAAGAGCGAGGAGGCAUUCAAGGAGUGGUUGGCGGACGCCACGCGCGCGACAACGGCUUAUAACCUUGUAGGCGGUGCGAGUUCGAGUCAGGAGUACGCCGGGCCGACGAUCGCACGCGCGGCGGAGAUGUUGAAGGAGGCGAACAAGAAGUGCGCCUUUGGCGGCGUCACCAUCGCAGAAAGACACGCAAAGAAGGGUAACGAACACGAGACGCUCUGCGCGAAGGCGGCGGCGGGCGCGGAGUGGUUCAUAUCGCAGGCCAUCUACGAUGCGGACAUGACGAUCAAGCUCGUGAACGAUUACGGGGCCGAGUGCAAGAAGAGGAACAUCAAGCCGAAGAAAAUUGUCCUCACCUUUGCCCCAUGCGGUCGCGAGAAGACAAUGAAAUUCAUCAAGUGGCUCGGGUGCUCCGUUCCGGAGGCGGUCGAGCAAGAGAUUUUGACCGCGCAAAACCCGGCGCAGAAGUCUGUCGAGGUUUUGGUCGCCAUGUGCGCUCGAAUCAUCGAAGAGACAAAGGACUCUGGCGUCCCGCUCGGGGUCUCCGUGGAAUCUGUGAGCAUCUUCAAAAACGAAAAAGAAGCCGCUCACGACCUCUUCCGCCUCACCCAAGCCGUGAUGCUCGACGCCUACGGCCUCGAUUGGUCCAUGCGCUACACCAUUGGCGGUAAACCAACGACGAAGACGGAGAAACCGUCGAUAACAGAGCGGCAACUGGGCGAUGAAAAUGUAGCCAAGCGCGUCGCCGUCGCCACCGCCGCCUUCCUCGCCGGCGUCGCCGUGCGCGGCGUCACUUCGCGUCGCUAA